AUGGUUCUUGAUAUAAUUACAGAAGAUUUUGAAAAUUUUUAUGAUAUUCAAGAUGAUCUCGGAAGCGGUCAAUUUGCUGUCGUCAAACGUGUACGUGAAUUAAAUACAGGACAUGAAUUUGCAGCUAAAUUUGUACGAAAGAAAAAAUGUAUUGCUGGAAAACGAGGUCUUAAACGAGAAGAAAUAUUACGUGAAGCUGAUAUACUUAGUGAAUUAGCACCACAUCGAAAUAUAAUUACAUUAUAUGCUGUAUUUGAAAAUAAACAUGAAAUUAUUUUAGUACUUGAAUUAGUUGGUGGUGGCGAACUUUUUCAUUAUAUUGCUGAAAAAGAUGCAUUAAAUGAAGAAGAAGCUGCAAAAUUUAUUUUACAAAUUCUUGAAAGUGUACAUCAUAUGCAUGAGAAAAAUAUUGUUCAUCUUGAUUUAAAGCCAGAAAAUGUUAUGUUACUUGAAAAGAAUAAGACACAAAUAAAAAUUAUUGAUUUUGGUAUUUCGAGAAAACUUCAACCAAAUGAACCUACAAAAGAAACUUUUGGAACACCAGAAUUUGUUGCUCCAGAAGUAAUCGCAUUUGAGCCAGUUACAUUAGCAACAGAUAUGUGGAGUAUUGGUGUAAUAACAUAUAUUUUAUUAAGUGGUGCUUCACCAUUUCUGGGUAAUACAAAUCAAGAAACUUUUAAUAAUAUUACUCAGGUUGAUUAUCGUUUUGAUGAGGAAUUUUUUGCAAAUACAAGUGAUUUAGCUAAAGAUUUUAUUCAACAACUUUUUGUGAAACAUCCUCGUCAACGAGCAACAGUUGUUGAUUGUCUCAAUCAUCCAUGGAUCAAACCACGUCGUCGUAAAGAUGAAGAAGAACGUCGUAAUGCUCAAAUCAAUAUGCCAUCAUUCAAAUCAUUUAUAGCUCGUCGUCGUUGGAAGGUACAGAUGCAUUGUGAAUCACGUACACUUCGUACAGUAACAACAAAAAAAUUUGAUAAAGCCGGAAAUGUUAAGUCAGCUAAACAUAGUGAACGUAAGGGUAAAACAGCUAUCUAUGAAGGACAAUAUUCUGAAACUGAUGAAUCUGAUAAUGAUAUUGAACAAAUUGAAAAACAAGAAAUAAUAAAUCCAAGUAAACGUAUACAUUGUUGUCCAACAAAUAUUGAAAUGAGACAAAUAAAAUCCAGUGAAUUUGCUGAAUCAUUUCAAGAAAAUGAAGAAGGUGAAGAUGAUGAUGAUGAUGAUGAUGAAAAAUAUCAUCGUCGUCAUCCUAGAACAGAUACAAGUGUAUCAUUAAUAAAAAAUCCUUUACCUAAUGAACAAAUUGUAUCUGAUCAACAUUCACGUUCACAAACAAGUGAUACUAAAGUUACUGAAUCAAUUGAUGAAAUAACAGGACAAAAUAUUCGUACAACAGUACAAAAUAAAGUUCAUACAGAUGAAAAUUUAAAAAUAUCAAAAUCAGAUAAUAUUCAAUAUGAAGAAACUGAAGAAGGAACAUUAAAAAAAUCACAAUUACGUCUAUCGUCCAUCUCAUCUGCUAUUAGUUUAGAUAAUUUAGAUUCAAAUAUAUCUGGUCGAUCCUAUGCUGAGGAUAAUGAUGAUUUUGUUUUAACCGCUCUCCUUUGUGCUGCCGAAGAUGGUGAUUUAGCUAAUAUUAAAAAAUUAUGUAAUCUUGCUACUGUUGAUGUUAAUAAAGAUAAUAAGCAUGGGGAAACUGCCUUACAUUUUGCUUGUGGUGCUGGUCAUUUAGAUAUUGUUAAAUUAUUGGCCGAUCGAAAAGCUAAUAUAACAGUUGUUGAUGGGUCUGGAAAUAAUGCGAUCUAUUGGGCAGCUAGACAAGGACACGUACCAAUAAUAACAUUUCUUCAUGAAAAAGGCGUUCCGAUUAAUGUAUCAAAUCGAAUUGGUGAAACUAGUUUACAUGUUGCCGCUCGAUAUGGUCAUGCUCAUGUUGUUGAACAUUUAUGUAAAUUAGGUGGUAAUGUUGAUUGUCAAGAUGAUGAAGAAGAUACGCCAUUGAUUGUUGCUGCUUGGCAUGAUUAUUCUCGAAUUUGUCGUAUUCUAUGUAGUGCUGGUGCUGAUCUUAAUAUACGAAAUAAAGAAGGAGAAACAGGUUUGAUUUGUGCAGCACAACGUGGCAAUGCUGAAAUUGUUCAAAUUUUAAGUAAUAAUAAAGCACAUUUAGAUCUUCAAGAUAAAAGAGGUUUAUCAGCAUUACAUUUUGCUUGUAAACGACAACAAAUACCAAUUGCUUUAACAUUAAUUCAUGCUGGUUGUAAUAUAAAUAUAACGGAUAAUAAUAAUGAAACUCCAUUACAUUAUGCUAGUCGAGAAGGUCUUUUACCUGUUGUUGAAGCAUUAACUUCAUUUGGUUGUCGAAUGGAUAUGAAAAAUAAAGUUGAUGCAACUCCAUUACAUCUAGCUGCUCGUCAUGCUCAUGUAGAAAUAGCUCGAUUUCUUUGUUUAGCUGGUUUAAAUUUAAGUAUUCAAGAUAAGGAUGGUCGAACUGCUUGUCAAAUAGCUGAAAUAAAUGGCAAUAUAGAAAUAGUUCAAUUACUUAAAUCAUUAAGCAUGGAUAAUCGUGCAGUAUUUAUGGAACAACUUGUACCGACAAAACAACCAUUAAAAAGGAUAAAAUUAAAAAUAUUUGGAAGCUGUAAUUCAGGAAAAACAACUCUUGUCGAUACUUUAAAAUGUUCGUUUUUGAAUAGCUUUUUUCGUCGUAAUCGUCUUAAUAGUACAAAAAGAAAUUAUCCAAGUCGAAAAUCAUUAAUUAUUGAUGAUUCAGAAACGUUAAAUUUAAAUAAUUCAAGAGGUGUUGGUGUUCAACAAAUAACAUGUACAGGUGGUGGACAAUAUAGUACUUGGGAUUUUACUGGUAUGGAGAUUUAUCAUUCAAUAUAUGAUCAUUUUAUUGGAGAUUUUAAUUGUAUUCAUGUUUUAUUAUUUAAUAUGCUGGAUGAUAUACAACAAUUAGAACAAAAUUUAGUCUAUUGGCUUGAAUUUCUUCGUGUUCGAAUUUCAAUACAAGAACCUUUAGGUUUUAAUGGUCGAAGUGCUCAAUUAGCUAAAAUAGUUCUUAUUGGUACACAUGCUGAUCUUGCAUCUGAUUGUAUAAAAUCUGAUGAUGGAGAUUAUACAUGCGAACGAAUUCAAAUAUUUAUAAAUCAUAUUAAAAAUCGUUAUAUUGAUGAUUUUGAUUUUCAUGAUAAACUAUUUCUUUUGGAUGCUCGUGCUGCCUGGACACAAUCAAUAAAAAAUCUUAUUUCAUGUUUUAAUCUAUAUAAGGAACGAAUAUGUCAAAAAUUAAAAUCUACAACAAUUUUUCUUGAUCGUUCUACAUGUCAUAUUCAACAACAAUGGAGAAAAACAUAUGGACAUUUUCCAGUAAUGUCAUGGUCACGUUUUGUUGAAUGUAUUAGACAAGAAGUUAAUCCAUUAGCAAGUGACGAACAUAUGAGAGAAUUAGUUCAACAAUUACAAAUAAUGGGAGAAAUUCUCUAUUUGGAAGGUGAUCCUCAAGAAGAUUUAAUCUGUUUUGAUCCAAAUUGGCUUUGUCAAACAAUUUUAGGUCGUCUUCUUGAUCAUCAACAAAUUUGUAAACGUUAUUCAUCAUCAAAUGAAACAUUUGCACUUAUUGAUAUACGAAAUUUAUUUCCGGAAAUUUCUGAUCCAGUAGAUCUUUUACAAAUAUUUAAUGCUUAUGAUCUUUGUACACAAAUUAAUAUAAAUGGUGAAUAUGAAUUUGAAUUUCCUCAAUUAAAUACAAUUGAAAUAAUGUCGGAUUUAUGGGAAAAACGUUCUGGUGUACAAUAUAUUUAUAUUGGUUGUGAAAUUCGUUCACGUACAUUAUCAUCAUUACUUUGGUCUGUUUUUCCUCGAAUACAAGUUCAUCUUCGUCGUUUAAUUAUGUCAAAUGAAUUUGUUCAACAUGGUGGUGGUGAUGAUGUUGAAUUAUUUCAAUGGACUGAAGGUUCAAAAUUAGUUGUUGGAAUGAUUGAAUUAUUAUUAACAAAAAAUUUACCAACACAUUUAGAAUUAAAAGCACGAGGACAAAUACAAAAUCGUGAACAAAUUUUUUAUUUAUUUCAUGAUAUUCUUUCACUUAUUGAACAUGUUUUUAAUCAAAUAUGUCCAAUGUUACAAAUUGAACAUCAUUAUAUAUCAACAAAACAUCUUCAUUUAAAUCAAAUAUCAACAAUAAAUACAUUACAUUUACCACCAUCAACAACAAAACGACGUUAUUUAACAACUGUUACAUCAUUACCAAUUGCUGAACAAGAUUCAUCUAUUUUAAUUCCUGGUUCAUCUUGUCAAACACAUUCAAUGUCAUUUUCAUUUAUUGAAUCAAAAGUAAAUAUUUCACCAUACUAUCGAACAUAUUCACCAAAAUUAAUUGUUCAAACAUUAAUGCAACAAUAUGGAAUAAAUCAGACAUCAAUACUCGAUGGAAAUAAUAAUAAUAAUCAUAGUUUAACAAUGAUAAAACAACAUCGUUCAACUGAUUCAUUAAAUAGUUGUCAUUUACAAACACCAUCUAAAGAAAUUUCUCAUAUAACAUCGAUUGACUUUGAUGAAGAUCUUAUUGAUUUAUUAUGUUGUGGUUCAAAUGAAAUAUUUUCAAAUUUAAUUGUAGGUAUUGAUUUACCAAUAUCAAUAUUUACAUUAAAAACUCGACAAUUACUUUGUCGUUUAUUUGAUAAACAAGAUAAAAUGGGUAGAGAUUGGUGUCUAUUAGCUAUAGCAUUACAACAACAACAUCUUAUACCACAACUUGAUCAAGAAGAUAUGUUUCAAUCGAAAACUGAUCAAUUAUUUGAAGAAUUAGGACGAAAAAAUUCUUCAUUAACAAUACGUUAUUUUCUUCAAAAAUUACUUGACAUUGAUCGACGUGAUGCUUUUGAAGUUGUUGCUAAUACUUGUCCAAUAUUUCAAUUUGCCAAUAAUAAUGGUGCUGUUAUGCAACCGUCAUCUAAUGAACAGGAUCAACUUGAUAGUCAUGAUAGUGGCAUACAAAAUUCGAACAAUACUAUCGCCAGUCUUAAUCGGUGA